AUGGGUGCUCCAGGGCCUGUCGCUGCACCUCCGUCCCGCUUCAUUGCGCAGCUAACCGCCUGUCCCCACGGCCAACACCUGCUUCCGGACUACGCCCACGCGGCGCAGAAAUCGAGGACGACGACGCUCGCGAGAAGCCCUUCCGAGGCGCGAUGUCGACGACGAGAAGGCAAGGGUAGUCGGAUAUGUCCGCCUGUGACGACGGCCAUGUCCAGGUGGCUUACUUACCCCGCAGAACCACCCACGCGCCGUCUCGUGCCCCCAGUGCGCGCACGCCGUCUUCACUGGCUCACGAGACAUGACGUACCGCAGCUUCCCCAGAUUGUCACGGCUGCCCGCAGUGCCGCGGCAAGCUUACCUAGACCACCGCUAUUCUCCGUGCGGGUCUGA